AUGGCGAUCAGAUACACUCCCGAUGAGAUGAAGUACCUGCGGGACUCACCUUUAGUAUUGAAGCCCGCAGGCCUCCCCCCAGCAGAGCAAUGGAUGGGAGCACCAACGGCAAGGUCUGAGGCUAGGAAAAAUGACUCGAACUUGCUUGUAGAUCAGCCAAACAGGCGCACUGCUGCUGAGCGACAUGUGUCACGCAACAGUGCCAACCCAGAAGAUAUCAUCCUCGGCCCUCCCAAAACCUCUUUCAUGUCUGCGACUUCAAUUCGAACUGGUAUCAAACCCUUUGAGUCUCCAGACCGACCGCCUCUUCGUGAUAUGGACUCGCGUGACCGCUUCAACUUUCGUGGUGGCAAAACUGGCGAUGGAGAUAACGAUAGGGCACGAGACGGUCGGAACAGCACUCUACGCGUUAGGCGGGGAGAAGGAGAUCAAGACAGCGAUGGAUGGAGUACUGUCAAACCCCGCAAGAGCUUUGGAAAUGAGGGCGCUGAGAGAUUCAAUGGGCGCAUGGGCCUAGACAAGCACAAAGAUGACAGGAGAUUCAAGGAUAGAGAGGACCGGGACCCGAAAGACAGGCCUCUGAGAGGAUUCGAUACAUACUCCCGAGACAAAGAUGGUGAUCAUGAUCAGGAGAGGGAACGAGAUGGCCGUAAGAGUGGAACGGGUCGUGGACGAAAUGAGCCCUCCUGGUUCAAGGACAACACCGAUGUUCCCCCUGUGCCAAGAGAACGCAACAGCAACGGCGACAAAUUUGUCGACCGCAGCAGAGGUUGGAGAGAAAAGGAACGUGAAGAUAGGGGUGACAGAGGAGACAGAGGCGGCGAACGAGGCGAACGACAUGAACGUGGUGACCGUCGUUGGGAUAGGGAUAGAGAUCAGCGACAAGAACGGGAACCCGAAUGGCUAGCCGAACCCGAGGACGAGAAGAACCAAGCUCAUACCCAAGAGGACUUUCAGAAGUGGAAAGAGCAAAUGCAGGGAAAGGACAAAGCUGCCUCUGGCAAGACGCCUGCUGAGGAGCCCCAAGUUAAUGCUGAUGCUGGUGCCAGCUUCUUCGGUCUAGAGAAGCAUAAGGUCGAAACUCCGCUCGCAAUGGAUACAGGCCCUGACAAGUUUUUCGGUAAAUGGGCUGCCACUCCAAGCCAAGAACCAUCCCCAGAUUCUGGAGUUGAACCGAAGAAAGAAGGUGUUACAAAAGCGAAGACUACUGGCAAGGCAUCGAGGUUUACAUCCUUCUUCACUCCACAAGAAGAGCCUCCACGAAGACAAACGGAACCUCCGCCGGCCAUGCCACCACCAGCACCCAAAAGCGGAUUGGAGGGAAUGUUCCAAAAUAACAGUCCUCAAUCUCAAAGUAAAGAUCAAGUAGCCUUCCAAGAAAUACUCCGAAAGCUUCAACAAGGUAGCGGCUCUACACCUCCAGUAAAUUUGGCCAUGCAGCCAAAACCACCUGCUCCAGAUAAGCAGCAAAGCAUUCCUAUCUCUUCACCAGAGCCUUUCCAGCAGUAUCGCACUGAACGCCAAGAGGAGCAACGACCAAGUACACGAAAUUCUCAGCAAGCUCUUCAAGAUCUGCUAAACCAGCGUCAGAUGACCGGAAGCCAACCGACGGUCAGGCCAGAGCAAAUGCUGCAAGAAUUAGUUGGGCAACGUCAGCAAACCAUCAGCCAGUCUUCCCAGAGGCCGGACCAACUUUCCAGCCGAAAUACCGAUUUCCUCAUGGGUCUUAUGCAGAGCGCCAAGGCGGCACCAGACCCUCAAAGGUCAGAAUCUCUUCUUUUGAGAAUGCCGCCUCAGCAGCAGCAGCAAAAGUCAAUGGAUCGGCAAAUGCAGCAGCAGAUGAUGGAGCGUGAGCAGGAGAUGCAGCGGGAAGCAGUACAGCGUGAACGCAUCGCAUCUCGACAAGCUCGCCCUCAACCACCACCUGGAUUCUAUGAUGACCCAGCUGUUUUUCAACGUGGCCCGCCUCAACAUGAAAGACAAGCAGGCAAUCCUCCACAACCAACCCAAAUCCUACAGCGUCCACCACCCCCUCCAGGUCUAGAACUAGGAUGGGAGCGUGCGGCACAGCUUCCACCACCACAGCAUCGAAUGAACCAAAACAUCCCACCACCUCCCGGCUUGGCCGGUGGUCUAGGUCGUGCUAUGCCUCCGCAACAGCAAAUGUUCCCUCCUGGUUUUCCAAUCGGCAAUUUCCCACCAGAGAUGCUUCCUGGACCUCCAAGAAACAUGCCGAUGCAGCCACCCCCAGGCUUUUUUAACGGCGGCCCACCUCCAGGAUUCUUACCCCCAAUCAACGGGUUCCAAGGUCCAGAAGGUAUGGCAUUUGGUGCUCCUUUUGAUGCCAGAGGGCCGCCUCCCCAAGGUGCCUACAGACGGCAGUAG